CCCGCCAUCACCACCUCUUCCCUGACCACAACGGAACCACCGCAAGAUGGGGCUGGAAGAUUUCGAGCGCGAGCUCGCAGAGGAGAAGCUCGCGUCUCGCGAGUCGAAGCAUUCGUCUCGCCGUGAGCACGGAGACGAGAAAGAUCGACAUCGCUCCCACCGACACCAUCGCGAUCGUGAUUCACGAGAUGGAGAGCGCAGGCACAGACACAAACGCCACCGCGAUGAGGACGAGACGAAAGAGGAGCGUAGAAGGCACCGCAAACGACCCCGCUCGACGUCCGCAGACCGUGCCGACACUGCGAAAGCACCGGAGGAUGUCAAAGUCUUCGACAGCCCCGCCGAGGAUGAAGAGGAAGACGAGUGGGUGGAGAAAGAGGCCGCCACUGCGCCGCCAGAAGAAGACAUAUUAGACCAGCGAGACCAACCCACAGAGCGGGAGAGAGUCCAGCGCGACGCUUGGAUGCAGCAGCCUUCAGUUAUGGACGUCGAGAUUGUCGCCAGCCGAAAACCCAAGGCGCCGCCAAGUCAAUUCGUCGGCGCAAAGGAGGGUCAUGAGCUCAAAGUGCACAACCAACAUCUCGCUGACCUGGAACGGGAUUUCGAGGAGGAUGAGGAGGAUGAGGGGAAGGCGGCGGUCACAGCAGAGCCUGCCCAGCAUGAUGUUGACUACACUUUCGGCGAUUCGGGCAGUUCGUGGCGCAUGACGAAACUCAAAGCCGUGUAUCGGACUGCCAAGGAGAGCCAAAAGAGUGUGGAGGAGGUUGCUAUUGAGAGGUUCGGCUCUUUGAGAGACUUUGACGAUGCGAGAGAGGAGGAGCGCGAGCUGGACCGCAGGAAGAUGUACGGAAAGGAGUAUGUGGGAUUGGAAAAGCCCAGUGGCGAGCUGUAUCAAGAGAGAAAAAUGCAAGCCGGGCUGAGGCGAGAGUCUGAUGUCCCUGAGAACGAGCAUGACGCAGCUGAGCCGCGACAAGGCCAGCCCAUGCCGGAGCAAGAUUCGGCCACGCAUGCUUUGAAGACGGCGCCACUCGAUACUACAGCACUCAACAAGCUAAAGGCCCAGCUCAUGAAGGCCCGACUUCGCAAGGCCCCGAACUUGGCUCAAUUAGAAGAGGAGUACCGACUUGCAGAAGAGGCUUCGUCGGCCAACUCGGCUCAAUCCGAUGUCGUCGUCUUGAACAACAUGGAAAAUCGAAUGCUUGCUUCCGGCCGGGCGGGCGAAGUCACGGCCGUGAGUGGCAAGAGGGGCAGAGAGCGCGGACUUGUGGUCGAGAACGAAGACAUGAGUAUUGAAGACAUGGUCAGACAGGAACGCAGAACUAAAGGCGGGAUGGGCAACGAAGGCCGCGCCUUUGCAGAGAGGAUUGCCAAAGAUGGCAAGUUUGUGGACGAUCUCGACUACAUGGACGACAACGCCCAGAAUCUUUCCAAAAAGGUGGUCAAAAGCGAUACGAAUCUUCGUAGCAUGGCUGUUGGCGAUUUCCAGAAGAUGCAGAGGGUGUUGGAGCAUUGCCCCCUCUGUCAUCAUGAGGACAGAGACGGACCGGAAGCAUUGCCCACCGCGCCUGUCGUCAGUCUGGCAACACGAGUGUAUCUGACCUUGCCCACGGAGCCUGAGAUGACCAAGGGAGGCGCCGUCAUUGUGCCCAUUCAACAUCGUCUGAACCUGCUCGAAUGCGACGACGACGAAUGGGAGGAGAUGCGCAACUUCAUGAAAUCCCUCACGCGCUACUACGACUCUCAAGGCCGCGGCGUCAUCUUCUACGAAAACGCGGCGCACAUGCAUUCCAAACGUGGCCACGCUGCUCUCAACGCCGUUCCUCUCCCCUCCCACCUGGCCGACACGGCUCCGGCGUACUUCAAAGAGGCCAUUCUCGCCUCUGCAGAGCAAUGGAGCCAACACAAGCCCAUCAUUGACACUCUUGCCCUUUCGCAGCAGCCGGGAUAUGGGAAGCUGGCGUUGCGCAAGGCCAUGGUGAAGGAGAUGCCGUACUUUCACGUCUUCUUCAAUCUCGACGGCGGCAUGGGACACGUGAUUGAGGAUGAGAGGAAGUGGCCCAAGGGCGAUUUGUUUGCGCGGGAGAUUGUGGGCGGCAUGCUGGAUCGAGGGCCGGAGAUUGUGAAGAGGCAAGGGCGGUGGGAGAGAGGUGAUCGUAGAGUGGAGGGGUUUAGGAAGAAGUGGGCACCCUGGGACUGGACCAAGAUUUUGAUGGAGGCACAAUAGAGGUGUUCGAAGAGUGACUCUUUAUAUCCACCCGUAUUUGGCCAUCAUCAAGGAAGUGCAUCCAUUGCAUCACUUCGUGUAAAUGCGC